AUGUAUAACCCUUAUCAGAAUCAGAACCAGGGUAAUGCGUUCCCUCAGGGGAAUAACUACUACCAGCAAGGUCAGGCAAUGCAACAACCUAUGCAACAACAACAGCAACAACAGCAACAACAGCCACAACCACAGGUACAGAUGAAUGCCUCAAAUUAUAUGGGUAUGGGAACUCAAAGUACUGGUUAUAAUCCAAGUUUGCAACAAGGUGUGAAUCAACCAUAUGGUAAUUCAGGAAACUUGACACAGCCUCAACAAAAUUCAAUGGGCAAUUUAGGCAUGAACUCAACUUCAAUGCAAUCGCAACCAACAACUUCCUACUACCAAUCAAACAAUCCAGCUCCCACCUCGAAUUUGCAGAACACCGGCAUGGGUGUAAACAAUUACCAAUCUCAACCUAUCCAGCAAACUCAAACUCUAAGUGCAAUGCAACCAAUUCAACAACAGGGGACAGGCUACUACAAUAACUCAACUUCUGCUGUGGCUACUCCGGGUAUUAACCAGCAGACUGGAAUGCAAUCGUUACAGAGUCAAGGCACUGGAUAUUUCCCAAAUCCAGCUCAAGGUGUUACACCAACUAUUCCUUCUCAGGUUCAACCAAUGCAACCACUGCAAAAUCAGAAUUCUGCCCAAUUACAGCCUUUGCAACCUCAACAAACAGGUUUCUAUGCUCAACAGUAUCAAAUGCCAUUAGAACCAUUGAAGCCAACAGCAACCGGGUUUGUAAACUCUUUUGCCAAUAAUGGCUUAAACAAUGACAUUAAGAUUCCUGCCAUCAGAUUGUCUUUUAUUACCGCAAAGGAUCAAGCAAAGUUUGAGACUUUGUUUAGAGCUUCUGUUCAACCAGGAUCCAAUACCAUCACAGGUAAGGGUUGUAGAUCUAUCUUGAUGAAGUCAGGUUUAGCUCCAUCUCAAUUGGCUAAGAUUUGGACCCUUUGUGACACAAGUAAAGCUGGUGAGUUGUUGUUUCCUGAGUUUGCCCUGGCUAUGCAUUUAGUUAACGAUGUAUUACAAGGUGAUCAAAUCCCAUAUGAACUGGACUCUAAAACCAAAAAUGAAGUUAAUAGUUUCAUUGAUGCCAUUAAUCUAAGUAUUGCUUCUAAUACUACUACAUCUACUUCAAAGACGCCAUUUGAUGAAUUGAUGUCUGGGGCUAUUCCAAUGCAAACAACUGGUAUGAUUCCUCAAACCAGUUUUGGUAUGCCAGCUCAGCCAACUGGAGGUCUAAUGCCACAAUCUACAGGGUUUAUACCACAAACAAGUUUCGGUCUUCCACCUCAAUUAACAGGAGGUUUAAUGCCGCAAGUUACAGGUGGUAUGCAAACAAACACUAUGAUGCCCCAAAAUACUUUUAACGCUCCAUUACAAAAUCAAGUUACAGGUGGUGGUAUGGGAGGUGCUCCUAUUCAAGCUCAAAUAACUGGUGGAUUUGUGCCACAACCACAACCACAACAACUUGCAGCUCAACAAACUGGUCCUAUGGGUAUGCCAACCUUAACAUUCGGCCAAGGUGGCCUAACCAACCAAGUUACUGGCUUUCAACAACAAAACCAACCACCAAUGGGUCUACAACCACAGGCUACAGGCUAUUUACCACCUUCGAAUUUUACUCCAACUGUUCCAUUGGUAGCCCAGAAAACUGGGUUCGGUAAUAACGAGAUUUACGCACAAUCUAACUUCACAAGAACUUUGACUACUCAAAUGAACCAACAACAAGAGGAUAACGAUACUAUUUCUCCAGAAGAGAAAUCUUUGUUCUACAAAAUUUUCGAAACUUAUGAUAACAACAACACAGGUUUGAUCGAUUCCCCAACAGCAGUUGAAAUCUUUAGAAAAUCAGGUUUAAACAGGAGUGACUUGGAACAUAUUUGGAAUUUGUGUGACACUAACAACUCAGGUCAAUUAAACAAACAAGAAUUUGCUUUAGGAAUGCACUUGGUGUAUAGAAAACUGAACAACCAACCAAUUCCAAGCAGAUUGCCAGCCAGUUUGGUUCCAUCCAGUAAUAGGAUAUUAGAUAACCUGAAGACUCAACUAAAAAGUAGUGAUAAUGGGUUAAAUAGUUCUGGUUCCAAAAUUAACGGGUUAGGUUACAAAAAUGAUGACAAUGAAAAUAGCCUUCCAACAUUUAGAAACCGCAGAAAGAACUUCUCUACGACUGCUACGGCAUCCACCGAUUUAUCGCCUACAGUUGAUAGCAAGGGAUCCCCAUCUGUUGCAGAAGCUUCUCAAAAGUACCCUGAUAUUUCGGCUACAGAUAUUACUUCAACUACCCCUAGUCCACCUGCUGUGAAUGAGACAGAGCUUGCACCUGCCAAAUCAACACAACCAGCAAUCGAAACCUCCACAUUAGCUGAAGAUUUGAAGCGUAUUACAGAGAUUAGAUAUGAGUUAGAGAGUUUACAAUUGCCACCAAUUACUGGUAACACUCAAGUGUCUCACGACUUACAGAAAAGAUUUGAAACAAUUGUGAAUACCGUCCCACAAUUGUUUUCUGAAAUUGCGGAAGUCAAUAACAAGAUUACUGACGCUAAGAUUGAACUAGUAAACCUAAGAGCCGGAACAGCUAUUGAAGGUACAGGUCCAAACGGUGAAAUUACCGAAAAUGAUAAAAAGAAAGCCAAGAGUAGAGCGUUACUGAAAGCCAGAAUGGCUGCUUUGACCGGUAAGCCAAAUGAUAAUGCAGAAGAUGAUGACAACUCAAAAGAGAAUGCAGAAGAACUAGGUAACAUUAGAAAAGAAAGCAUCAAGAACCAAGAAAUUAUCAAGGAUAUUAGAUCAUCAAUUUCUGAUAUUUCGUCCUCUCUAAAAUCUACCUUUACAGGAAAAAAUAUCUAUGAUGAUGGUGAGGAAUUUGAGAAAUGGGAAUUUGGUAGUGGAUUAGAGAAGGAAGUUCGUAACUUUAUCAGAGACUUAAAUAGAGGCAACCUACUAGAUCAAGCAAGCAACGCUCAAUCUACCAGCACUAGUACUACUAAAUCUGAACCCCAAAGUUUAAAUGAUAGGUCCGCAUAUUUGAAGGAACAAGCUCAAAAGAGGAUGAAGGAAAGAUUAGCCAAGUUUGGUAUUAACAAACGUGGCGAUAGAUCCAGAAGUAAUACCUCUGAAUCUAUAAAGACUCCAUUCGAGGUCGAAGAGAAACCUGUUGAAUCCCCAAGGGUAGAACAAUCCUUAAAUAAUAACUAUGGUCAAGAACCACAAGUGAACCACAACAGUAAUAACGGAAUUGCUGAUGAGGAUGAGGAUGAAGAAGAGAGGAAAUUAAGGGAAAAGCUUGAAAAUCUAAAGUUAAAGAAGAAAGCUGAUAAAGAAAAAAGACUUGCUGAACUUCGUAAGCAAAUUGAAGAAGCUGAGGCUAGUUCCGACGAGGAAGAACCUGUCGUGACAAAAACAAUUAACUUGAACAAUAUUUCCACUCAGGCAAAAUCUCAAUUACCGUCACAAACAACAUCUUCAUAUACGCAGCAAAAUGUGAAUGCGACCACAGCUCUACCUGCUCCAAUCAAUGAACCAGUCUCCAAACCUAAUCCAUUUUUUAAACAAGACUCAACUUCUACCAGUUCUUCCUUCGAUGCCAGAGCUGCAGAGCUGCAAAGAAAAAGCCAGAGAGGAUUUGACGAGGAUAAAGAUAGUGAUGGUUGGUCUGAUGACGAACCUGAAGGGAAACCACAAAUAGAAAACGUACAAGUUACAUCUUCUAUUCCAAUUGUGACAUCUAACGUACCAGUUCCAGAACAAAGCGCACCGGUCCCACUUGCCCCACCACCACCUCAAAUGCAGGAAUCUGUACCAGCUGUGCCACUUGCUCCGCCAAUCCCUCAAAUACAGGAAUCUGUACCAGCUGUGCCACUUGCUCCACCAAUUCCUCAAAUGCAAGAACAAGGCUCAGCGGUCCCAUUAGCUCCACCAAUUCCUCAAAUGCAGGAACAAAGCACCGUGGUUCCAUUAGCUCCACCAAUUCCUCAAAUGCAGGAACAAAGCACCGUGGUUCCAGUAGCUCCGCCAAUUCCACAAGCCACCGUUCAAAUCUCAGAUGUCCCAAUGGCUCCUCAGAUUGUGGGUGAACCAAGUUAUAACGAAGUCGAUAAUGAGGUCGAUAAUGACGAUGUCUUAUCUAUUCCCGACUCUGUCGAUUCUGGCGAUGAGGGUGGUCCAAUGCCAAUUUCCAGUAUUCCACCUCCACCUCCAUUACCAUAG